AUGUCGGGUUUGAAGAGGUUUUUCCCUUACACUGAGAGCUUCCUCAGGGGAUCGGCGACAGACAUCACAUUGCCAACACUGGCUGGUAAGACUUUCUUCUUCUACUUCUCGGCGAGUUGGUGCCCGCCAUGCCGCGGCUUUACUCCGCAGCUCGUUGAGUUCUACAAGGCACACGCGGAGGCGAAGAAUUUCGAGGUGAUGCUGAUCUCAUGGGACGAGGCAGCUGAUGAUUUCAACGAUUACUACGCGAAGAUGCCGUGGCUGGCGCUGCCCUUUAGUGAUCGAAAGGGGAUGGAGUUUCUCAGGACAGGGUUCAAGGUAGAGUCGAUUCCGACUCUGAUUGGCGUUGAGGCGGACACAGGCAAGAUCCUUACGACGCAGGCGCGCAACAUGGUCGUGAAGGACCCCGAGGGGAAGGAGUUUCCGUGGCCCAACGUCUCGGAGUAG